UGACUCCGCGGCUUGACAGUUCAACUCUGGGACUUUUUUGUUGUUGUUGUUAGUUAUCAAAACCUACAACCAUGUCGGAAACCGCACCUGCCGCGCCUGCUACAGCUUCCCCCGCGGAAAAGACUCAGAUAAAGAAAAAGGCCCGCAAGUCUACAGGUGCCGCCAAGCGCAAGGCGACGGGGCCGCCGGUGUCGGAGCUCAUUACCAAGGCGGUGGCUGCCUCCAAGGAGCGCAGCGGCGUGUCCCUGGCAGCGCUCAAAAAGGCCCUGGCGGCCGGCGGCUACGACGUGGAGAAGAACAACAGCCGCAUCAAGCUGGGUCUCAAGAGCCUGGUGAGCAAGGGCACUCUAGUACAGACCAAGGGCACCGGCGCCUCCGGCUCCUUCAAGCUUAACAAGAAGGCAGCUUCCGGGGAAGCCAAGCCCAAAGCCAAGAAGGCCGGUGCCGCCAAGGCCAAGAAGCCAGACGGGACAAAGAAGCCCAAGAGGCCGGCGGCUGCCACCCCGAAGAAGAGCACCAAGAAAACCCCAAAGAAGGCAAAGAAGCCAGCAGCGGCUGCUGGGGUCAAGAAAGUGGCCAAGAGCCCGAAAAAGGUGAAAGCAGCCAAACCCAGGAAGGCGGCCAAGAGCCCAGCUAAGGCCAAGGCCCCUAAGCCUAAAGCAGGCAAGCUCAAAGCAGGCAAGCCCAAGAAGGCAGCUCCCAAAAAGAAAUGAAAGAUUGAGAAUACCUUAAAAGGCUCUUUUCAGAGCCACCCAAUUAAUCCUAAAA